AUGUCGACCAAGCAAAGGUUGGAGGGUAAGGUGGCUAUAGUGACAGGAGGAGCCAGUGUACUCGGAGCAGAGUCAGUGAAAUUAUUCGCCGAAAACGGAGCAUCAGUGAUUAUAGCUGACGUCCAGGAUGAACUGGGUCGCCAACUUACAGCUUCAUUAUCCCCACAUCAAGUCUGUGAUGUCAGAGACGAGGAACAGGCGGAGCAAACUAUAGCUUUCGCCGUCCACAAAUACGGCCGCCUCGAUGUCAUGUUUAGUAAUGCCGGAAUCGAUGGCUCCGCCUCUGGCACAUUCGACCUCGACCUCAACGCAUUUGGUAAUACCUUGGCCGUCAACGUUCGCGGUGUGGCUGCCACCAUCAAGCACGCCGCUCGAUCCAUGGUGGCAGCAAAUUACACCCGUGGCUCCAUAAUCUGCACGGCCAGCGUGGCUGGUUCUGUCGCCGGAUGUGGGCCCCAUGCUUACACCACGUCCAAGCAUGCUCUUGUGGGCCUUGUCCGCUCUGCUUGCGGCGAGCUCGGGACUUAUGGGAUCAGAGUGAUUUGCGUGUCGCCAUGUGCUGUGGCGACACCUCUUGCGUGCCGAUUUAUAAACAGGGGAGCAGAUGAAGUUGAGGCCAUAGGCAUGUCUAUGGCCAAUAUGAAGGGAAUUCCACUGAAGGGUACCCAUAUUGCUGAAGCUGCCCUCUUUCUCGCCUCUGAUGAAUCUGUUUAUAUCAGUGGGCAUGAUUUGGUGGUCGACGGAGGCUUCACUGCCGUUAAUCGUCUUUCUUUCCCUCGCGAGUAAAAGCAUUUGGAACUGUUUGGUUUAUCUUCACGUGCAUGUGGGCCCACUGUAUCAUUGUCAGUUACCAUGUUCUGUAAGCUUGUAUAUCGACCGCUAGGUUAUUAAAUGGGUUCGGUUUUGGCACCA